AUGUCGGUGCCAACACCAAGACAGAGUUUUGACUUGCCUAAAAAUGUAGUAGAGUUUGAGCAUCAACCUAAGCAAUGUCACAGUGUAAGAGCAAAGUCUGCUUCAUAUGCGGAUUUGUCGCCUUUUUUAAAGAAACCCUCACCAGACUCGUCUAGAAUAUAUACACCUUCCAUACCAUUCAAGACUGAAGACUUGCUAUCUUUAGCCAUACCACAAAGUAUAUCACCAUGUGGAUUUUUACAGUCUUUAAAUGGGAUUGCACAACAUCCUACAAAAAGAGCUGAAUCAAAACAGGAACGACUGCUAUAUACUCGACAAGCAUUUACUCCAACCACUCAAUAUUCAAAAAAAAAUGAUGCGCCAAUCAUUACAGAGUAUACCCCACAGAUACCAUCCAAAUCUACUACAAGCAAACACGUUUUCGGGAAACGAUCAGGAAAACUCAAAUCCGCACGAUUAUCAGUAUUUCGAGGAAAACCAACUGAACUACACCAGAGUUUUGAUCAAGAAGUUUUGACACCAAAUACAAACCAAUUCGCCAGUUUUAAACCAGAAUCAACUCUUAAGCUUAAAAAUAAACGAGCUAUGACGGUUCCUGCUGCCAUACCCCAUAACACGGUUAAUUCACUUAUCAAAGAAUCAUUUUUGGUUCGAGCAAAAACAGCAGAUCCAAAUGAUACUCAAAAGCAACUUAAACUCAAGGAAAUUCGGGAAGGUGCUAUUUUAAACAAACUUUUUUCGGAUGGCGGCAGGUCUAAACUACCUGAACUUGGACUAGAUUCUUUUAAUCUGAUUUUAUCACAAGAUGCGUUACAAAAUGCUCCAACACCAUGCCCAUCCAACUAUAUUGCUCCAGAGUUGCCCAAUAUCCAGUGCAAAACUUUUGUAAAAUUUAAAUCAUCUGAAGAAUGCAACAAUCAGUUAAAAUCACACAAGCAGUUCAUUAUCAGCAUGGGUCGAGUUACAAAAUCAAGCGAGGCAUACAUGCAUUUUUUUCAAGUCGUAUCUAGUUUAAUUCCAGAUACACUGAUAUACUAUUUCAUUGACAGACUGGAGCAUUUUUGUUUGGAUUUUUUUGUUCAAUGGGCAGAAUGUAGUAUAGAGAAAAUUAUUCAAAUGUUGACAAGACCAAGAAUACAAUUUCAUUUUUUGAACUCUGAACUGAUGGAUUGCAUUACAAACUAUAACGAAGUCAAUUCAAUCGUAUCGGCUGUUGGGCAGCGAUAUAAAGGUCAAAAUGCAAAAUAUGCUGCCGCAUGCAAAGUUCAAGCAACAUGGAAAAUGUAUAUUGUUCGACGUGACUAUUUAAACUUUAUUAAACGAAUUCGAAAACGAAUAGAAGAAAAUAUUUUACUGCAUAACCAGCGUAUUAAAGAGUUUAAAUCAAACUGGGCUCAGAUUAAAGCGCAAAAAAGAGUCAUCGUGCAUUUGCCAUCCAUGAGCUUUGGAACUUCAUGUAAUUCCAAGCACAAUAAUAUGAGUGCGUGGCAAACAAGACAACUGGGACGAUUAGUAGAUAUACUGGAUCCAAAUGUAUCGGUUGUAUAUGUAACAACACUGAUGCCAACUGAAGUAGAAAAGUUUUUUAAACAAGCAAUUGCUUACACGCACUUUUCAUUGUUCAAGUACCUUGAUAUUCCAGUAUUUGGUUCACUGGAAGUAUUUGCCGAGUUUUCUCACAAGCGCUCUACUCAACGAGAUUUUAUUUCCAAAUGUCCACUUCUUUCUCCACCAGGUCUCAGUCAUUUCAAUGAUGAAUUGGACUUUUACAACAAAGUAAAUGAUCUGAUGACUCAAAACCCAUCAAUAUCUCGUUGGAUUCUUAAAAUCGACCACGAAAUGGAAGGACGAGGAUUGGCUUAUUUCGAUGUUGAAGAUGUAUUAGCACAAAAUGAAUUUCAAGCAGACGAGGAUCCUGAAGAGUCUGAAACUCGUCGUUGGCUAACCACAAAAAACAAGGACUGUUUUAAACAUUUUUUGAAGCCCAAGCUUUCUAAUUGUGUUCGUAUUUGUCGAAAGGAUUUAUGGGUGUCUUGGAAUUGUUACGUUCAAGCUUUGAUUUCAUGUGGUGGCAUAAUUGAAGCGUGUCCUGUUACUGUCAAUCCAGAGAUAAACUGCAUUGAUUACCCCAUUGUGCAUGUUGUUAUUGAGCCAGACAAGAACGUGAGGCUUGUUUCUUCGUCCUUAUUGCUGGCUACUAAUCCUUUUACGCAGUGGGGAUCGAUAUUUCCACAGUAUUCAGUUGGGCACCAAACGCUCAUGACACAUGUUGAUCAGAUCGCUCAUGAAUGUGCUGAACAAGGAAUUUUGGGCCAUGUAACUUUUGAGUUUGUUUUAUGGAGGCAUCCUAUAUCGGCUUUGAACAAAUUCCUUGGACUUAUGGCUACAAUGCUAACAGUAUUUCAGUAUGAACGAGCCAUAUGGUGUAUAGCGGUAAAGCCAUAUUUUACUGAAAAUCUAUCACAGGCAUACUAUAUGCUGUUCAUGUCGUGCUGCUUGGCUGCUCAUACUGAUGGAAAAAUAUACUUUAAUUUGAAUUCGGCAAGAUAUUUGAACCUUCGUUACAUUUCAAAAGUGCCAUUUGUUGAUAUGGAUCAAGUUCGAAAAGCAUCACAUACAGAACAUCUUGAUGACGAUUCAAAUUACGAAGAGCGAGUUGGUAUUUACACGUGCAGGUUUUCGCAUCAGAAUUUUGAGAUCAUGAGUACCCAACUAUUUCAAAGCAUGUGUAUUGAAUCGGGUAUGACAUUUGACAGCAAGUGGAAAAUUGGAACCCAGAUUCCCUUGAUUGAAUCGCUUGGAAAUCAAAGUUAUCCCAUGGUAUGUAUCAACAGAAGCCUUGAAACAGCACUCGAAACCAUACUCCAAAAUUAUGUUAUUAUUGAAAGACGUCUAUCAGGCACUGUAAAAGUAAAAAGCAAUUUUAUGGAAGCCUCGAAUUUUUUGGCUACACUUUUGUCGAAUAUCCGGCCAUACAAGUAUGCUCACAAGCCUGCAAUCAUAAAAAACCUUGCCCAGUUAAGCGAUCUUGAAGUGGUAUUGAAUCAGCAUAUUUUGCUUCCGUUGAGUCGCAUGGUUGGAGUGAUUAGCGAUGAAAUGAGUCUGACUCCUAAAAAAUCAUCAGCAAAAGGUGGUAUGUCGUCAACAACCAUCAAUUUAUUGAAUGCUGGAGUUCCUUCCAAAGCGCUGGCUGGGUUUUAUACAGAUUUUGGACGCGAAAAACUAGACAUCUCGGACAAGUCGAGUUUGCGAAAUGCUACUCGAAUCCCACCUGGAUUACCAAUGGAUGAGUAUAUGGCAAUCAUGGAACAUCUUGCUGGUAUAGAUGAUGUAUUUGAUUCAUCUAUUACAAUACCACUUGAUCUGACCACACAUGAUAUACGUCCUGCAUCGGCGCAAUCCAACCCACAAAACGUGCGUCCCUUUUCUGCAAAUACUAUGUCUGAUUCAUUCAAUAUCCCGACAAUUCAACUUCAGUCGGUUCAAAGUGAAGACGUGAAACAAGUCGAAUCAAACGUAUCACAACCUCUUUCCCAAACUACUAAUGAUUCUAUAUUGCAUCCAGCUUUUUCGGAAAGUCCAAAGAAAUUGGCUAUACAUCCACACAUAGUUUCACGCCAGCAUGGUGGAUCCAAAACAAACUCGCCAAAAUUGACUCAACGAAAAAAUCGCACUUUGGAGGUCGGAAGCCCAAUGUCGCAGUUAUCUACCACACUCCCUAUUUUAAACUCGAAUGAAAACAAUGAAUCCACUUUUAAACCCAAAUCAAGCCAACGAUCUAUUCAUAAAACAGACACUGUAAUGCAUACCAAGGCAAGCAAAAAAUAA